AAGAAAUUUUUUGUUAGGAAGUUGGUCGUCUGAUACCUACUAAGUCUGUGGAAGAUAUCUGGCGAUGAGCAUAUUUUUAUUUAUUGUGGUUUUCGUUCAAAUUUUUGAGAAGUUAGCUAGUGCUUACGAUAAAGCCAAAUCUUAAUAAUUAAAUUAUCUUUAAGCAUUAACUUGUACAUAGAUAAUGGGGAAUGAAAGUUCACAUUUAAGUGGUUUAGAAAUAGAAGAACAAGCUGUCGAAGUUACUGAAUUUUGGACCCAAUACCAAGCGACUAUAAAAGAUAGUUGUAGGUAUUUUAGCUUAAAAAGUGAUGGUUCAGUGUCAGUGUUUAAAGGUGAAGUAGCUUUAGGUCCUCUAUGGGCAAUUGCCACACCCUUGGAAAAAUUUUCAAAUAAUCUUUUGAAAUUUCGUCAUCCAGGUAUUGUACGUUAUAUAUCUGCAUGGCAACAAAGGUCAACUCUCCAUCUUGCUACAGAAUAUGUACAGCCGUUAGUACAAGUUUUAAAGACUCAAACGCCUCUUCAAAUCUGCAUCGGACUAAAUAAUAUUUUAAGAGCUUUGGUCUUCUUACAUGAACAGGCGUGUAUGUCACAUAACAAUAUCAGCAUUUCUGCAAUUUAUGUGACGGGUGAUGGUCAAUGGAAGCUGGGGGGAUUACAAUAUCUAUGUUCUUUCAGUGAGCUUACUUCUGCAUAUUUGAAACAAGCCAGGUUACACAGAUAUGACAAAGCCAUUGAUGUGAAUGAAGAUUCAAAUGAGUUAACUACAAAGGUAGAUCAAUAUGCUUUUGGUGUUUUAGUUGAAGAUGUAUUUAAAGGUCAUCAGGAUGAUGAGGUUCCUCAUUUAAAGGAGUUUAAAAAAUAUUGCUCAAAUACAUUACAGAAUCCUGAUCCUGGAAAUAGACCUAAGUUGUCUGAGGUGCUGAAUCAUGAUUUUUUUUGUCAUGAAUUUAUUACAAUAUACAAAUUUCUUAAUUUUCUACCUCUUAAAAAUGAAGAUGAGAAAUAUAAUUUUUUCUCUAACAUUUUAAGUAUUCUGAAAUGUUAUGAUGAGGAAACAGUGGCUAAACAACUUGGUGGAUUGUUAUUAUCUAGACUCACUCUGUUGGACCAAACUGCCAGGAAAGAUGUUAUACCUUAUAUUCUGAAACCUAAAACGGAACGAUCACCUCAAAAUGGCGAAAAUUCAGGCUUUUUUACUUUAAGCAUAUUUAAAGAGCAUUUGAGACCUAGACUACUUCAGUUAUUUGGAGUCAGGGAUAGUCAAAUUAGAAUGUUACUCUUGAAUCAUUUUUCAAAGUUUGUUCAUGUUUUUUCACAUGAAGAAUUAUCCCAACAUAUUCUACCAGAAUUGCUCGUGGGGAUCAAGGAUGUUGAUGAUAGCUUGGUGUCAUCAACACUGAUUUGUUUAAGUGAACUUGUUCCUAUAUUGGGAGCAGACACAGUCAUAGGUGGUAAAAGAUCCAAGCUAUUUACAGAUGGGAGGCCAAACUCAAAGUUACCUUCUGAGAAAUCUGGUGAUAAUUAUGAUUAUUCUACAAAAUCAUUAAGAGAUUUGCCAUGUUCCGAAGAAGUAUUCCAUCAUAGUAAUAUUACAUCUCAUUACGACAAAUCAAUAUCAUUAAACGAAAGACCAUCACCUGUUGGCGGUGAAUCAGUAGAGAGUGAAAAAUGUGUAUCAAAUGAUAAGGUAUUAAAAGCAGACAGUGAAGACGAUUGGAGUGAUUGGGAUAAUAAUAACCGUAAAUUAAUAUUGCUUCAACCACCUAUUACGAAAGAUUCUGAUGUUAUUGAUCAACAAAGUUCAAACGACAUUAAAGAUAUACAUAAUGCAAAUAUAGAUACAUUGCAAGAACUGAAAUCGGAUUCUAAAAACAGAUCGACAUUACUUCAAAAAGCAGCAUUUGAGGCAAAGCAAAAUAUAAUAGAUAUAUCAGAAUUAGAUAUAAAGAAUCAAAAAAUUGAAAGUUCUAAAAAAACUACUGAGGAAUUCGACUUUUUCGCAGAUAUGACCCCUGUAAUAGAGAAACCUUCUUUUGUAAAUAUUUCAUUGGCUGAACCAUCUGAAAAUGUAAGCAGUAAAUUUAAUUUUGUUCCUGAUGAUGCUUUGAACGAAAAAGAUGGUUGGGGGGAUAAUUGGGAUGAGUAAAAAAAAAGUAACAAAAUACUAGUCUUAAAUGUUAUGUAUUGUAAUAUAUUUAAUUGUUAUAUAUAGGAAUUAUAAUAAUAAAAAAACGUCAAUCUAAACUUAGUUCUGUCAAAGAAAUAUUAGUUUAAGCGUCAUCAU